CCGGAGCCGGCGGGAGGGCCAGGCCCGGAGGCCCCCACCCUGGCGUGCCCGCCCGGGCCGCGCCUGAGGAGGAGGAGGAGGAGGAUGAUCUCCAGAUACACUCGGAAGGCGGUGCCACAGAACUUGGAGCUGAAAGGAAUAACAAAACAUGCUUUUAGCCAUCAUCCCCCUCCAGAGAAGCUGGAGGAAAUUUCCCCCACCAGUGAUAGUCAUGAGAAAGACACAAGUUCCCAAAGCAAGUCUGACAUCACAAGAGAAUCAUCUUUUACAUCAGCCGACACUGGGAAUUCACUGUCUGCUUUUCCAAGUUAUACAGGCGCAGGGAUAUCUACUGAAGGAAGCUCGGACUUCUCCUGGGGAUAUGGUGAGCUCGAUCAAAAUGCCACUGAAAAAGUCCAGGCAAUGUUCACAGCCAUUGAUGAACUCUUGUAUGAGCAGAAGUUGAGUGUGCAUACCAAGAGUCUACAAGAAGAGUGCCAACAGUGGACAGCUAGCUUUCCUCACCUCAGGAUUCUAGGUAGGCAGAUAAUCACUCCAAGUGAAGGUUAUAGAUUGUAUCCUAGAUCCCCUUCUGCUGUUUCCGCUUCAUAUGAAACAACCUUGUCUCAAGAAAGAGAUUCUACUAUAUUUGGUAUAAGGGGAAAGAAGUUACAUUUUUCAUCUUAUACUCAUAAAGCAUCUUCCAUUGCCAAAUCCUCCAGCUUUCGUUCUAUGGAAAGAGACGAGGAAGACUCUAUAAUCGUCUCAGAAGGAAUAAUUGAGGAAUACCUAGCAUUCGAUCACACAGAUAUGGAAGAGGGAUUUCAUGGGAAGAAAUCAGAAGCAGCUACAGAGAAACAGAAAUUAGGGUAUCCUCCCAUUGCUCCAUUUUACUGCAUGAAAGAAGAUGUCCUUGCUUAUGUGUUUGACAAUGUAUGGAGCAAGGUUGUGAGCUGUAUGGAGCAGUUGACACGUAGUCACUGGGAAGGAUUUGCCUCUGAUGAUGAGAGUAAUGUUGCAGUUACCAGACCCGAUUCAGAAAGUUCCUGUGUGCUGAGUGAACCACAUCCUUUGGUGUUACCGCGAGUGCCACAGUCUAAGAUGAGUCUCUGUCAAGCAAGCAGACAUCAGCCAAAUGUGAAUGGUCUCUUGGUUCAUGGGAUGCCUCUACAGCCAAGAAAUCUCUCCCUAAUGGACAAGCUCCUACUGAUCUUUACUUCAUUGUGGGUUUCUGAUUUGGCUACUAGAGAUCUUGAUGACAAGCUACUUAUGAGGCCUGGGUCCAGUACCAUCCUUUCAACUCGAAAUUGGCCAAAUCGAGCUGUGGAGUUUAGUACAUCAUCUCUGUCAUACACAGUGCAGUCCACCAGGAGACGCAAUCCACCGCCGCGAACCCUUCAUCCGAUCAGCACAAGCCAUUCAUGUGCUGAAACACCAAGACCUGUGGAAGAAAUCCUCAGAGGAGCCCAAGUAUACAGUCUCACUCCUGUCGCCCACGCUGGAGUGCAGUGGAUGAUCAUGGCUCACUGCAGCCUCAACUUCUGGGCUCAAGUGGUUCUCCCACCCCAGCCUCCCAAGUAGCCGGGACCACAGGAGGGUGGUGCCACCAUGCCAGGUUAACUUUUUGUGUUUUUAGUAGAGUCAGGGGUCUUGUCAUGUUGCCCAGGCUGGUUUCAAAUUCCUGAGCUCAAGCAAUCUGCCUGCCUCAGUCUGCCAAAGUGCUGAGAUUACAGGUGUGAACCACCGCACCCAGCAGGGGUUAAAUUUUAAUGAAAUAGAUAUUGAAUCUUUCUGUUGAUCUAGCUAAAGAGUUCUAUUUGUAAAAAUAAAAUGUUGGCUAGAAUACUAUAUUGGGGUUACAAAAGCAAUAAAGAACCUAUUUAUUUAAUCAAACAUUUUCUGUGGUGGGAACAUGUUCAGUGAAAUUCACUCCAAAAUAAUAGUUAAUUCCCCUUUAAGGUUUUUCUGUACCAUUGGGAUCUGCUUAUUCCAUUGACAAUGAAAACUUUAUAAACCUCAGAUAAGUAGUUGCUUACAUACCAGGAAAAAUAUCCCUUAGCACUUCCUAGGAAGUGACACUAAAAAUAAUCGCCUUUCCCACCCUUCAUUCACUACACACUCUGAGCCUCAUCAUGCAAAAAUACCGAGGAGCCAAUUUUAAACAUAGAAUUCUUUUAGCUGUUGAUUCACAAAAUGUCUUAGGAUGAUUAAUUUCUAAAAAUAUCCUCAAAGGUAUGAGAUAAUAAGGCCAUAGCAGUGUUUUCAAUGCAGCUUCCAAGUUAAGCAUUAUUAUGUGGAUGUAGCUCUAUCUGUACCAACAGAGCUAUAAAUUCAUUCAUUUGGGGAUGAGUAGUCUUGAUGUAUAAUUAAUCUCUCAUUCCUUCUGACAGUACUUUUUUUCAAAGUUGAAAAGUAAGUUGCUUUGUUACUUCUGGGACAUGAAAGUAUCAUGCAGUUUCAAUUACUGUCUUAAGGAUGAAGAAUACUGCAAGCUGCUCCAGAUCCUACUGAAGGGAAUGAAGGUUUAGGAACUUUACCCGAGAACUAUAGUUAUUAGGGAAAAGGAUAACCAGAAGGUCCAGAACUGUCAAGAAUUCCAUCAUCAGCUGGGAAUUUACAAAUCCAAAUCAGCAGAGAAGUGCAAUACCAGAUAGGGACAAAUGUUUUAUUCCAGUUCUGUGGGAGAGAAAAGGCCAGCUUCUGUUGUGUACCCAGAGUAUAGAGCUUCAAAACAAAAUCAGAAAACACUAUUUUAAAAACUAAUUUUCCAAAAAUCAUGAGAUCUCUACUUAAAAACAUAGGCAGCCUAAAGCUUUCUGUGCACAUUAAACUCAUCUGCUUCAUUUAUCUGAUUUCUAAUCAAUUUGCUGGUAUUGUUGUAACUUCAUGCUUUCAUACCUUGGUGUUUGUUGGUGGGA